AUGAAGCCUGAAAAGGCGUAUUUGGCACUCACUUUAGUAGCUUAUGUAUACAUAGCAGUUGCUUUGGUCAGCUUGUGGAAGCUCUGGUCAAAUCCGUCAAGUUUGUAUUACUGGAGCGCUAUUCUACUCACACCGGUGUCAUUUUGGCUAUGGUGCAUUAUAUCAUGGACCGGAGCCGAAAUCUUCGCCCACGCAAAGCGAGAAUGA